CUUCUUUUUUUUUUUUUUCUCUGUCUUUCAUUUUAGAUAAAUGUACCGCGAUGUCAAGACCGUAACACCAUGUUCAGGCUGGACACCUGGUGUACAUUACAUUGAUAAACUUGUUUGGUCUCCUGAUGUACCUAAAGAAUUGAAACAAUUGUUUGAACCCAACCAAGCGGCAAUCGAACAAGCGAAAAAGAAAAACAAGAACAGCAACGAUAACGAAGGUGUUGACAAUACAGAUGAAGAAAAGAAAGACAUUGCUGGACGAACGAUCACCUUUCUCAAUGAACAUGUCAACCUACGGGGAUCUGACUUUCCAUCUAUCAAGGAACAACGAAAAAAUAUAAAGAUCAAGAAGAUUACGGACACUCAACACCCAUGCAAUGGUUAUUUUGGAUUGGAAGCAGCACGGACAUUGGCACCUCGACAAUUAAUAUUAGAUUAUCUCGGUGUGGUGGAAUACAAGUCAUAUAGCUCGACAUCCGAUUAUGUACUGCGAUAUGGGAUCGAUCUGUCUAUUGAUGCGGAAAAGUAUGGUAACGAAGCAAGGUUUUUCAACGACUUCCGUGGCAUAGCCCCUGGUCCAAAUGUCUGUUUCCUCAAUUACUUGGAUGAACGUACACAACGUAUUCGGGUUGGCGUCUUUGUUUUAGGCAACAAAAAGAUCAAGAAAGGCGAAGAACUGUUAGUCUCAUAUGGAAAGUCAUUCUGGUCAAAUCGUGGUAUGGACUUGAGCGAACAAAACCAUUCAAAGCAUAGAUCAUCAUAGGUUUUAGUAUCCACUCUUUAUUAUUAUAGCAUUUGUAUUAUAUUUACAUAUCCCUCUUUGAAAUAAAUUCUUUGAAUCAUUGGUUGA